UUCGCAUCGGCCGCCGCCGCCGCCGCCGCCGCUCGACCUUUCCACACUCUCUCGAUCGACGGCAAGGGCCUCUACGCCUGUCAAACCUCUCUCUGCACUUCCUGGCAUCCAUCCGUGUCCCCUAAGCUGUCCCCGCUCGCCUCGCCGAUCAACGCAGCUCUCGCUACAGGGCGCAUCGCGCCUGGCCCGUUGCCUUGCGCAACAGCAGCUCUCCCAGCGGUCCCGUUCCGCCAACACCACGUAAAGGCAGGUCCGGGCUUGCCACGACCCUGCAUACAAGUGCCCAAGAUACACCACCCUCACUGCAGCCAAGAUGGACGUCACGAGACCCAUCACGUCGAGCAUAGGCUCCACGUCGUUCUGCUUCUUGACUACGCAAGAGAUCAGAGCGCUGUCCGAAAAGGCCAUCGUCAAUCCCGUCCUGCUCGACACCACCGGUCUGCCCACAGCUGGAGGACUGUACGAUCCCGCAUUGGGACCAAUGGAGCGGAGCGCCAUCUGUCAGACGUGUCAUCAGAGUUCCUUCAAGUGCCCAGGCCACUUUGGUCACAUUGAGCUGCCAGCACCCGUCUUCCAUCCCCUCUUCAUGUCGCACAUGUUCAAUCUGCUGCGAGGCUGCUGUCUCUUUUGUCAUCGCUUCAAGAUCAACGCAUUCACCCGCAUCCUCUUCGUCGCCCGCUUGCAGGUGCUCGAGUACGGUCUGGUGGCCCUGUCAGACGAGCUGGCGGGAGAGACGCUGCAGCGACAGCCUUCUCUGGUCGGCAGCGGAGAUGCGGGUGGAUCUUCUGCCGACGUGGCCGACCUGCACAUGGAAGACGGCGAUGGGCAGAUCGAGACGAGGGCAGGGGCAGGACAGCCACCAGAAACACUCGAAGAGUUUGAGCAGAGGAUACACUUGCGGGUCUUUACCGCCAUCGAGCAGGCCAUCAAAGAGGGCAGGAGGAGGGGCAAGUGCAAUGAUGGUGCGACGUAUGCUGCUCGCAAAUUGGUCACCUCGUCUUUUAUGAAGGAGAUUCUCCUCAAAAAAUCGUGCCCGAGAUGCAAAGCUUUCAAUCCUACGCUGCGAAAGGACUCUUUCAUCAAGAUCGUAGAGAGGGAGCUCUCGGAGCGGGAAAAGGCGAUCCACUCUGCAAGCGGAAUCGUUCGUCCCGACGCUGUGCGAAGGGCGGCCAUCCGUUUGGCUCAUCGGCAAGGCAAGGGCAGGCCCGGUGCAAAUGGGAGGCGGAGCGGCAAUGACGACGACGCAAUGAAUGUGGACUACCGAGAAGGCAAUUCCGGCGCUGCAGACAGGCGAAAGGACUUGCAAGACGCGCGAAAGAAGAGCAAGCUGGCAAGCGACGCCACCCGAGUCAUGCCACCGAUCGAGUGCCGCGCAAACCUGCAACUGCUCUUCUUCAGUGAGCCGCAGCUGUGCUCGUUGCUUUUCGGCCGGCAUGGCCCCUUCGAAGGCGGUGCUGCACCAGGCACCCAGAUCGCAGGCGGCGGAAAUCGCAACGCAGUCUUUGACAACGGCGCGUCUGCCGACGUCUUUUUCAUGGACGUGGUCGCCGUAGCGCCGACUCGCUUCAGACCAGCCAGCAAAAUGGGCGACGUCGUGCACGAGAAUCCUCAAAACGCCCUGCUCAGUAAAAUCCUCCAGACAAGCUUCGCGGUGCGCGACAAUUCUGCAGCCCUAUCGCAGCUGUACGAAAAGGGGCCAGAAGAGCUCGAGCGGGGCGGAGACGAGGUCAUGCGCGCAAAGGACGUCCAAAGGGACUGGAGGACGAGGGCGAAUGCAGCCAGCGAUGCGCUCAUGGGCAGCGUGCUCCAAUUACAGGUCGACGUCAAUAGCUUCAUCGACUCGAGCAAGAACCCUGCUCCUCUCGCCCAAGGUCGCGUACACCCGCCUGGUGUCAAGCAGGCGCUCGAAAAGAAGGAAGGCUUGUUCAGAAAGCACAUGAUGGGUAAGCGUGUCAAUUUUGCUGCCCGAUCAGUCAUUUCCCCAGACGUCAACAUCGAGACCAACGAGAUUGGCGUACCUCCCGUAUUCGCCCAAAAGCUCACCUACCCUGAGCCGGUCACGGUGCACAACGUAGCGCUCAUGCGGCAGCUCGUCAUCAAUGGGCCCGACACGUAUCCAGGCGCGGUAGCAGUGCGCGCCGAGGACGGAACCGAGACGCUUCUAGGCAGGCUCUCGGUAGAACAGCGCACCGCCUUGGCGAGUCAGCUCUUGACACCGCAGGGAAGCAUGUCUCGUUCUGCCAAGGGCACCUUUGGCGGCCUUGGCACCGCGACCCGCACUCCCACUUCCAACAAGCAAGUCUUGCGCCAUCUGCGGGAUGGAGACGUUUUGCUUCUCAAUCGUCAGCCUACUCUGCACAAGCCGUCCAUGAUGGCGCACAAGGCUCGCGUGCUAAAGGGGGAGAGAACGAUCCGCAUGCACUAUGCCAAUUGCAACUCCUACAAUGCCGACUUUGAUGGUGACGAGAUGAACAUGCACUUUCCUCAAAGCCAAGCGGCUAGAGCCGAGUGCUACUUUGUCGCAAACACCGACAAUCAGUACCUGGUCCCUACGAGCGGCAAACCUCUGCGAGGCCUCAUCCAGGAUCACGUCGUUGCAGGCGUGUGGAUGACGUGCAAGGACACGCUGUAUACUCGCGAAGAGUAUCACCAGCUGCUGUAUGGUGCACUCCGGCCCGAAGAAAAUUACACUGGCGAGGGCCGCAUCUCUACCCUCCCACCUGCCAUCGUUCGCCCCUUGCCCAGGUGGACCGGCAAGCAGAUCAUCUCCACAGUCAUGCUCAACCUCAAGCCGCCGGCUGCUGAAGGCUUGAGCCUGACUGGCAAAGCCAAAGUGGGCGGCAAAUACUGGGGCAAGGAUCACGCGGACGAACAGACCGUAAUUUUCGAAGACGGCGAGCUCUUGACCGGUGUCCUGGACAAGUCCGCGUUUGGUGCGACGGCGUACGGUCUUGUGCACGCAGUGUAUGAGAUCUACGGACCCUCAUAUGCUGGCAAGCUCCUCAGCAUUCUGUCCCGUCUCUUUACCAAAUUCUUGCAGCACAAUGCCUUUUCAUGUCGGAUCGACGACUUGACAUUGUCCGAGCGCGGAGACAAGAAACGCCGCACGCUGCUGGACGAUGGUAGGGAUGACGGUCGAUCAGCUGCUUUGCGAAGCAUUGGUUUGGACGAGGAAGCCAAAGGCCGAGCCAAAGACGACGCGGAUCUCGACUUUAAUAUGCGAGUCCGACUCGAAGAGGUGCUGCGCGACGACAACAAACUGGCAGCUUUAGACGCUGAAAUGAUGUCCGCAUCCAAUAAGCUAGCAUCUGCAGUCAUCGACGCUUGCAUCCCGGAUGGUCUAGACAAGAUCUUUCCCCACAACAACAUGCAAAUGAUGACAGUGUCGGGUGCAAAGGGCUCACCGGUGAACGUCUCGCAGAUCUCGUGUCUGCUCGGCGCGCAGGCCCUCGAAGGCCGCCGAGUACCCGUCAUGGUCAGCGGAAAGACGUUGCCUUCUUUCAAGCCUUUCGACACUUCCACACGCGCUGGUGGUUUCGUCGCUGGUCGAUUCUUGACCGGCAUUCGUCCUCAAGAGUACUACUUUCACUGCAUGGCUGGUCGCGAGGGAUUGAUCGACACUGCGGUCAAGACGUCGCGCUCGGGAUACCUGCAGAGAUGUCUGAUCAAGCAUCUGGAAGGCAUUCACGUGCACUACGACAAUACUGUGCGAAACGCAGACGGCAGCGUGUUGCAAUUCCACUACGGAGAAGACUCGCUGGAUGUCACCAAGAGCAAGUACCUCAACGAAUUCGACUUUACACUUCGCAACUUUGCAUCCUUCCAGCAGCGCUACAACCCCGCCUUGUUGGCCGGAUUGAUGAACGAGGACGACGCUCGGUCACACAUGAAGCAGGCUCUCAGGAAGCCGCACAAGUACCCGCCCGCUCUCAGUGUCUACGCUCCCAGCACACACAUCGGUGCGACGUCUGAAAAGUUUGCGCAAGAGCUGCGAGCCUUCAUUGAGAAGAACGCGUCCCACCUGCUGGAACCUCUGAAGACCAAGAAGAAGAAGAAGCAUCGCCAGUCUGAGGCAGGAGGCGAUGACGAAACUGACGCGACAGCACCGUUCAUCGUCGAAAAACUGCGUUCUUUGCGGAAAAAGACGGACCCCAACUACUUUACGACAAUGUGCCUCAUGCUCUACCACAAGGGUCUCGUCGACCCGGGAGAAGCCGUUGGUCUACUAGCCGCGCAAGGCGUCGGUGAGCCGUCCACACAAAUGACGCUCAAUACCUUUCACUUUGCUGGUCACGGCGCAGCCAACGUCACGCUUGGUAUUCCACGUCUGCGAGAGAUCGUUAUGACCGCGUCGCAGAACAUCAAGACGCCAAUCAUGCGUCUGCCGGUGCUCGAUCAGAUUACCGAAGCUGAUCAGAAAAUCUGGUGCAAAGAUGUGAGCAAGCUCGUAAUCAGUCAAGUCGUCGAUCAGGCGUCCGUCACCGAGCGCGUGACCGGCAAGACUGCAGCGACAGAUUUCCAGAGACGUAAGACGUACACGGUCCGAUUACACUUGUUCCCGCCCCAAGAGUGUCUGGAGGAGUACAACGUCACGACAGAAGAGAUUCUCAGAGGACUUGAGCUGACGUUCCUGCCGUUGCUCGAGAAUGGCAUCAUGAGCGAAAUGAAGAGGUUGAGAAAGGAGGUUCUGGAGCAAGCAAAGCAGAUUGGCGAAGGACACAAAUUUACGGAAGGGCCGGCGCGUGGGGAGGGUGUCGAUGAACCGGAUGAACCUGGAAGCAGCACUACUGUCGGUACUCGAAGCGCCGGCAAGCACAGCAACAAGGCAGAGAGCGCCAAGUCGGCGCGGAGCGAUGCUGAAGGUGACGGCAGCGAAUCCGAGUCCGAGGCAGGAUCCGAGGCAGGCGGAGAUGGAGACGCAGACGAUGCGAAGCGAGCCUCGCGAUCGAAAGGUAAUGCGACAUACGACGAUGGAGAUUCCGACGAUGAGGCCAAUUCUCGCGCUCACAGUCCCGACGACGAUGGAUCGUCGGACUCUGACGGUUCUCAGUCCGCAGCAAUGUACUCUGCGCUCGAGGAUGAAGACCCAGAAGAAGCUUUCGAGGCCGCAUACCGCAAGAGCAAGGAAAAGCAAGCCGAAGAGGCGCGCGAGGCUUUGCCAUCCGAGGAUAAGUCUAUGCCAAAGGCGCCCGAGCUGAGCGAGGCAGAUCCGCUCGUAGGCGACGGCGAGGGUGUCGAGGAUCUUGUGCUUGCGCUGGAAAGUCGCUUGCAGGAGGGUAGCAGGUACCUCACCGAAUUCAAGUUCGACUACAUGGGCGCACGAUGGGCCGAAUUUGAGCUGUCACUGCCUACGCGCUCGCAGAAACUUCUCCUGAUCAACAUCGUUGAAAAGGCGUGCAAGACGAGCGUCAUCCACGAGAUCUCCAACAUUCAGCGCGCCUUGAUACCCAUCGCACAGCCAGGUCAAGAGCCGGCCAUGACUGCAGAAGGCAUUAAUUUUCCGGGUAUCUGGACGUCUGGUUUUGGUGUUGUGGCCCUGGACCGGAUCUAUACGAACGACAUUGGCGCGCUUUUGCACACGUACGGUGUCGAGGCGGCCCGGGCCGCUAUUGUCGGCGAGAUGGCGGGCAUCUUCAAUACCUAUGGCAUUGAUGUCUCGAUGAGGCAUCUGUACUUGAUCGCCGAUUAUCAAACUGCCGCUGGUGGUUUCAGACCUUUCAGUCGUGGUGGUCUUGCGGACUCUUGCUCGCCUCUGCUAAAGGCCUCGUUCGAAAUGACGAUGGCCUUCCUCGGCGCCGCUGCGCUGCACGGAGAGACGGACGCGAUGGAUGGGCCCUCUGCCAACAUUGUUGUCGGUCGACCAGUCCAUACCGGCACCGGUGCCGCUCAUGUCCACCAUGCUAUCCCUGGCUCUUGCACUAUUUCCUCCGUCGCUUAGCUUGCAUAGACACGUGCACAAUGCAUUGAGUACCGU